AUGAAGGCUGAGCUGCAGGCGUUCCAGAUUCUGAUGAGCGAGGAGAAACGUGGUGUGUACGACCGUUACGGAGAUAUACAAUCAGCACUCUUUGGCGAUGCUGACCUGCCCGUGGUGGCCACCUCCUUGUCGCUGGCCUACCAUGCGCUCUCCUGCAUCCUAUGCAUUGCAUUCUUCAGCUCAAACCAAUUCGCGCUAUCCCGCUACUUUAUGUUCUUGUAUAGUGCGAUCUCGUUCGCACUCGAGAUGGAGUGCCGUUUCGUGAAGACGAGCAGUUUCUUCAAAAACAUCUACUACGUCAAUGAGCUGCUGCCGUUCCAGCAGGUGGCACUGAUGCGCCGUAUUGCACCGGCUGUUGCGUUGCUGCUCAACCUUAUCUGUGCCUACUUCUUCGUGGACAUGGACAAAUUCCACCUGUUCCUGUGGCACUCUGCGGUAUCCACCAACCGUGCUAUCAUUGAGAAGAUGACCGACGUGGUGGACGCAACAAACUAUGUGAGGACUCUUCCAACGCAUUCGUCUGCUGGAAUAAGGGCGUCAACGUCUUCCGAGCAAACGGCCGCAGCCAGCGACGAUGACGUCAAGAGUGACGGCGGGAAAUCUUCCGGCAGCUCUUCAAAGAGCGCAAAUGCGGUCAAGGAGAUUCUGGAUUCAAUGAACGAGACUGAGCGUCAAAAAGUUGCCGAACUUCUGAAAAUAACGGUAAAGCUUGAGUGA